AUGCACGAGCAGACGGUUCAAACGGCCACGUUAGUCAAGAUUGCUGCUGGAGGAUUUUUAGUGGGAUCAACAGCGCUGUAUCUGGCGCAGAAAUCUGUGCAGCGCAGAGUGCGGAAUCUUCCUCAUUACGUGGAAAGCUUGAAAAUUGUCGCUCAACACGAGCAAGCAAAAGAAGCGUUAGGCCCACCAAUCAAGAUUGGAUCAGUUGACUUAGCAGAUCGCCUGCACAACUAUGUAGGGAAAACUACGAGCAUGUUGCGGAUUCCAGUGACAGGAACGAUAUCUGGCGGCUACAUGGACGUCAUGGCUGUAAGAGAUAGUGAAAGUGAACCUUUUGUCACGGCGAAGAUAAGGUUAAUAUUGGACGAAGCGGCGGUCUCAAUUUACGAUACCGACGUGGCAUGGCCUGAAUUUCUUCAACCGCAUGUGGAAGUACUUCUGUUGUGGAUAACGUGGGCGGUCGACUACGUCGAUUUGGACUACUUGGAAGUGAGCGCUCAAAUUUUCAGCGAUGUUAGGAAAUACUGCAGGUCGUUCGCGUGA